AUGUCAGGAAUCUUCGGCAGCGGUAAUGGCAGCAGUAGCGGUGCCGGUGGCAGCGGCGGUUUCUCGUUCGCAAACGCCGGUGCGGGAGCGGCAAACAACAGCCCCUUCGGCUCACCUGCCCCCCCAAAGACUGCUACUGGCGGUCUAUUUGGAGCUACACCAGCUAGCGGUACACAGAACACCGGCUCCGGUCAAUUUGGUGCCCAAAAUAACGCCUCAGGGGCCUCUGCUACACCAGCUGGAGGAUUAUUUGGCAGUGGUGCGGGCGCGGCCAAGCCUUCUUUUGGUGGUACUGGCGCAUUUGGCGCGCAGACUCCUGCUUCUGGUGGUGGAUUAUUUGGUGGGGCUUCUACCACACCUGCCGGUGCUCCACCAACAGCUGUGAAAACGGGCUUGUUUGGUGGUAGUGGUGCUACUGCUGCAAGUGGGGGUGGGGGAUUGUUUAGUGGUGCUGCACAGUCUAACACGACGGCGGCACCCAGCUCAGGUGGGCUCUUUGGCGGUCAACAGCAAUCACAAGCUCAACAGGCUCCAAAGCCCUCUGGUGGGCUCUUUGGAAGCGCCCCCGCUACAACUUCUGCUCCUGCUUCCGGAGGUCUCUUUGGAGGCACUUCGUCUGCUCCUAGCACAGGUGGACUGUUCGGCAAUGCACAGGCUUCCAAUGUGAGCUCUACCCCUGCUGGACCUCCCCCAUCAUCAGGAGGUCUAUUUGGCGCCAAACCCACAGAAACAAAGACGACUUCCGGAGGUCUCUUUGGAAACGCAGCUGCCUCUACGACCCCAGCUACCAAGCCCCCUGGCGGUGGUCUGUUCGGCAAUACUCCUGCCGCAUCGACCACUCCUGCCGCUCCAGCACCAACAACUGGCCAAACUUCGUCCUUGUUCCCCGCAGCCAGGCCGGCGGGCGCUCUUUUUGGCGGAGCUGCUGCCAGCAAGCCCGCUGAGACGCCAGCUUCCUCUGCUCCUUCAGGUGGAUUAUUCGGCACUACCGCUACUAGUAGCGCAGCACCAGCCAGCUCCGCACCUACAGCCACAUCUGGUGCGUCUACUGCACCAGCCAGCGGCGGUCUCUUCGGUGGAACAACCGCCUCAGCUGCUCCUUCCAGCGGCGGUCUCUUCGGUGGAACAACCGCCUCAGCUGCUCCUUCCAGCGGUGGUCUUUUCGGUGGAGCUGCUGCCAGCAAGCCCGCUGAUCUGCCAGCUGCCUCUGCCGCUCCAUCUCUAGGCGGACUUUUUGGCCCCAAACCCACUACCUCCACCCCAGCUCCCGCGGCUUCCACUCCUACAACCUCUGGCGCACCUUCAGGUGGCCUUUUUGGCGGCGCCAGCGCUGCCACAACCCAGGCUGCUACUCCAGCUGCACAAACCCCAGCUGCUGCUACCAACAUCGCUGCCACUGCUCAGACCCCGGCCGCCGCUGCCCCCGCUGCAUUCAACGCUUCCAUCGCUCCACCUCCACAGUCUCGCCUCAAGAACAAGUCCAUGGAAGAGAUAAUAACCCGCUGGACCACUGACCUCGAAAAGUACAAAACUGAAUUCACUACUCAGGCUGCCGAGGUUAAGAAAUGGGAUGGCGUGCUCAUCGAGAACGGUGACAAGAUCAUGACGCUCUUCACCGAGACUCUAGAGGCGGAAAAGACGCAGGGCCGCAUGGACACUGUUCUGCAACAGCUGGAAAGUGACCAAGAGGAGCUGGGGACGGCGCUCGAUUACUACGAGGCGCAGAUCAAGGAUCUGUUUGAAGCACAGAUGGGUGGUGUCGAGGGCAUGCAGCCGGCUGACCAGGAGCGCGAGAAGGCAUACCAUCUGGCGGAGAAGCUGGAUGACCAGCUGCAGAGCAUGGGCGAGGAGCUUGCGGGAAUGAUUAAGGAUAUUAAUAAGGCUAGCACAACGAUUAAUAAGACCACGAAUGCGGACGAUCCAUUGUCGCAAAUCGUCAAGAUCCUCAACGACCAUCUCAGCAGUCUGCAGUGGAUCGACAGCCACACGACUGCCAUGGCGGAGAAGAUUCAGGAGGCGCAGAAAAAGACAAGAGACGCCGCGGGCGGGAACAUGACUGGCGACGAGGAUUUUUUCCUCAACGCCUCCUAUAGAAGCAUGAGGUAG